CACGUUGAGUCUCAGAGAUAUAUUAUUGUGCAGCUUUAAGUGUACUUUGAGUGAAUUAUCCUUCAUACUUUAAAUAAACAUUUAAUCAGACGAAACUUGAAUAUACUUAAUUAUUUUCAAAUAGUUUAGUCUGUCACGUGUCAUGAAGUUGACUUUACUUUCACUUUCAUCUCUGAUUUUCUCUCACGGUGAUGGCGCAGCAGAAAGUUCCGCCGGACAGUCGGUGACUCAGAGCUCUUUGACUUCACCCUCAGAGUUCAGAGGACACAAAGCAGCAGCACUGACACAACAGAACGAGUCUCUGAUCUCUGCAGCACAGUGACAUCAUGGCGGCUGCAGGAUCUGGUGCCCAGAGGCGCAGCAGGAGCCCUGAACGUGUCCGUCCCAACUUUACAGGUGAACAUCAACCACAUGCAGCUGCUGAGGAACAGAGUCCAGCGUGUCUCAGGAUCGUGCUGGUUGGGAAGGAUGGCAGUGGAAAAAGCUCUUCAGGAAACACCAUCAUAGGAAGAAAGGUGUUUAAAGCUGAAUUAAACCAACAUUCAGUUACCAAACACUGUCAGAAAGAACUUGGUGAAGUGAACGGUCAGCCUGUGUUUGUGGUCGACACUCCCGGUCUGUUCGACACAACUCUGAGCCAUGAAGAGAUCAAUAAGGAGAUGGUGAAAUGCAUCAGUCUUCUUGCUCCAGGACCUCAUGUGUUCCUGUUGGUCAUGUCAAUUGGCAGAUUUACACAAGAGGAGAAGGAAACAUUAAAACGUAUCCAGGGAGCCUUUGGGAAGAAUUCUGAAAGGUUCACCAUCAUUCUGCUUACUGGAGGAGAUCUACUACAACGUGAGGAGCUGUCCAUUGAAGAGUACAUUGAAAAGAAAUGUGAUGAUUCAUUUAAGAAUCUGAUCCGUGACUGUGGAGGAAGAUAUCACGUGUUCAAUAACCGGGAUAAACACAACCGCAAGCAGGUCGAUGAGCUGAUAACCAAGAUUAACACCAUGGUGAAGACAAAUGGAGGCAGCUGCUACACUAAUAUGAUACAGAAAGAAAUGGAGAGGAUCCUGAAGGAGAAAGAAGAAGAGAUGAAGAGAGAGAAGGAGGAGCUUCAAAGAAAACAUGAGGAGGAAAUGAAUGAAAUGAAAAGAAGACUAGAAGAACAGAGAGCACAAAUUGAACAGGAGAGAAAGGUGAGAGAAAAACAACUUGAAGAGAAGGAGAAAAGCAUCAAGGAAGAACGUGAGGAGAGAAAGAAAGAACAGGAAAUCAGAGAAGAAGAGAAGAGGAAGAGAAAACAAGAGGAAGAAAGUCAGAAACAGAAGUGGGAACAGAGAGUUGAAGCUUUGGAGCAAAAAAUAAAAUCAGAGACAGAAUCAAAGGAAAAUAUUUACAAAAAACUGGAGGAGAGCAGAGAAGAGAUGAGAAAAGAACGAGAGAACUGGGAGAGAAAACAAAUACAAUUGUGGGAAAAACGAGAUUGAGAAGAUGAACAGAGACGACAGAAGGAACAAGAAAGACUGAGAAAGCUUCAAGAAGAAUAUGAACAAAUAAGAGAAAGUGAUGAAAAGAGGAGAAAAGAAGAGGAUCAAAUCAGAAGAGAACAAGAGGAAAAAGAGAAGAAAGAGAUUGUGGAAAAAGAGCGAUCAAGAAUUGAAGAGGAGAGAAAAGUGAGAGAAAAACAACUUGAGGAAAUAAAGGAAAAUAUUGAGAGGGAGCGUGAGGAGAGAAAGAAAGAACAAUCAAUGAGGGAUGCAGCAGACAGGAAGAGAAAACAAGAGGAAAAAACUCAGAGACAGGAGUGGAAACAGAGAGUUGAAGCUUUGGAGCAAAAAAUAAAAUCAGAGGCAGAAUCAAAGGAAAACAUUUACAAAAAACUGGAGGAGAGCAGAGAAGAGAUGAGAAAAGAGCGAGA